GGAAGACUCCAUAUACCUAUCCUGUAAGCCGCCAGGUGAGCAGUUGCAUACGGAUCGUUGGUUCCGGAAAAUUAAUCUUGUAUAACGAGGAAAAUAAUUUGGCCGACAGGGUCGCCCUGAACUCUCCAAGACGCGUCUUCAAUUAGGUAUCUUCCGCUGACGUCGGAACACAUUGACGCUUGAAACACACAAUGAUUGAAAAUUAUACCAUCCGUUUAAAGGACUAUACACUUACCUGUGACAUAUAAAUGACAAAAAAAGAUAGAUGAGUGAAGCAUUUUCAAUUUUAAUGUCUCAUCGAUACUUCUAUCUAGUUUGAUAAUAAUUCAAAAUGCACAACACCAUGAGUGGUAGCAGAUUCUGUGUGCGGUAGCUGUCAAGUGCAGAGCUAGACAAAUCUGGGAGGGAAAAUCCUUUUCAUCUGAUUAACAACAAAAUAGAAUUUACGCUAGAAUUUAUAUCGUCAUGAGAUUCCGGCCUUCAAAAUAUCGUAGAGCUGUGAGGGUAUUCCUUUUUGUGCUUCUUAUUUGCAUCAUUUUUAUUCUGUUUACAUAUAAAUAUUCGAGACAGGAUGAUUGCAUUAAUUUCUUACAACGAUAUUCCACCAGGAAAUUGAUCCCCUUCCAUAUGUUUCACUACCCUCUGGACAUCGACUUCAAAAAAUUAGAGGAAGAUAUCACUUACAAAGGUUCGGCAGAUGUUGAUCCUAUCAAUGAGUUUCAAUUUUCGUACAAGAAGUCAAUCGAUCAUAUUUGUGAUUCAUCAGAAGGAGUAUUCCUUUUGUUUAUGUUCAAAUCAGCGCCUUGGAAUUUUGAUCAGCGACAAGCGAUUCGAGAAACAUGGGCUAAUCAAACGUACUUUGAAAACGAUAUAAUCCGACAUGUGUUUUUGAUUGGAAGAACAAUGAAUGAAACAAUAUAUGAUCGUCUUUCACUGGAAGAAGAGAUGCAUCAUGAUAUCCUCGAAAUGACGUACGUUGAUGACUACUACAACAGUACCUAUAAAAUAAUAGGCGGCAUUAACUGGUGUGUCAGGUAUUGUCCUACAGCCCAAUUCGUAAUGCUGGUGGAUGAUGAUCUUUAUGUUGCAACCGAUUACGUUAUAAAAUACCUACACGGUCUACCGAAAAAUAUAUAUCGGACUCUCUUUGUGGGUCGAGUAUUGCUUACGGCACCACAGAGGUGUCUUAACGAUAAAUGGUUUAUAUCUCUCAAAGAUUACCCUUUCGACACGUAUCCGUUGUUUGUCAGUGGUGGGGCGGUAAUAAUGUCAAUGGACUUCGUUAAAAGACUCCAAAUUGUUAUUCCGUUUACUAAAUGGUUUAAGUUUGAUGAUGUAUUUCUAGGAAUUAUUGCAUAUCAACUUGGUGUUCAGCCGAUUCAUCAUCCGGAGUUCUACAUUGCAGAUGGUGUUUCCUACAAAGAGGAAAAGUUUAAAACAGCAUUAGUGUCUCACGGGUAUAGAAAUAUAAAUAAGCUUAAGACAGCAUGGUAUCUUCACAUGCAGACAAAUGAUAGUGUAUAACAUUUCUAUGUUAGAAUUGAUAUGUUGUUGAUGUAUCUGGAUUCCAUAACAACAGUCUGGUCCAGCUUCCCCAGGGAUCCUUAACUUAAGAAAAUACGGAAAGGCAUUAUUCGAUUUUAGAGAAAAUACCUAGUUAAAGAACUUCCCUUUUAAGUUCUAUAUUGACUUCCUGUUGAAUUUGUUUUAUGCUAAGAAAUAGUGAUGAAUAUUUUGCAAGGUAUUGUUAUUGCAGGUAAACUGUUGAGUGUGAAUCAAAUAGUAAUUCAACAAAUGUUGGUCCUGAUGUGUCUAAAGAAUAUGAUAUACCGAUUUGACUUACAUUAGCACAAUAUACAUCAGGAUAUAUGUAAUUGUGUGGUGAGCAUGCGCAAUUUUAAGUAGAAUAAACUUCCAUGCUUCCCAGCUGAAAAGCCUAUGACAAUGCGCACGUUCUGUUUCCAUUUUUAACAAUCAUGAAAAGAUCCAAAAUGCAUUCAACAAUGAAUUAACUAUAAAUAAAACAACGAUGCCAAUGUAAAUGAGAAUGGCUAAUAGCUUUAUUUCACCUUUUAUAAGAAGUUUAAAGGCCUCUACUCUUUGGCCGUGCUUGAGAUACAGAAUACUAUUUGAUGCGGUUAUACUUUUGCCAAGAGUGAUAUUCGUGGUGUAUGCUUCUGUCUAAAAACAGGGUUGAAGGGUGAAAAUGUGUAUACUCAGCACUUAUUAUUAUAAUUUAAGUAGCUUUAAAACAUAUUAUUUCAUUAAAUCACUAUUUCUUCUUUACACAACUCUUGUUCAUCAUGCUUUUUAUUUUUUGUUGAUUUGUACAAGUUGUGUGACCUAUCACUGCAAAAAACUUUGUAAAGUAGUAUUUUCUUUUUCUUUUUUAUUUCAAAUUAUAAUGUAUUUAAAAGUUCUUAUAUUUAUGGUGGCCUUAUAUGAUUUCCGGUGUCAAUAUGUAUUAAUUAUCUUGCAGACAUACGUACGUACAUACGCUAUCAAGCCAAACUUGAUUAUGUCGAUUCGUACACAUUAUAAUGUAAUGUUAAUUGUUUAGGGGACUGCCUUGCCUUCUGUUUUCUGUCUCCUCACAGUUAAUUAUUAUUUCAUAUUCUCUCCUCAUAUUCCUCUUCUAUUUUCAUAUGUUUUCGGUUUCCUUAACUUCCAUUCUAGAUUUCCGCAAUUUAGUAUCCUAGCUUCACUCGACCUCCCAGAAGGACGAAGCAGCUGUAUGAUUUCCCUAGCAGUACCUUUAGUCCAGAGAAGAAAGAAGCUUAACGAGGUUCCUAGCAUCACUCAUUCUCCCAGAACGACGAAAGAGCUGUAUGAUGUCCCUAGCAUCACUCAUCCUCCCAGUUGAACUAAGUAGCUGUAUGCUGCUUCUUGCAUUAAUUGCCAUUCCUAAAAGGACGAACCAGCUAUACGAUGCCCCUAACAUCACUGACGGACGCGAACAAAAGGGGUGAAGUAGGUUUAUGAUGUCGCUAUUAUUAACCACCAUUCCAGGAAGUGUGGGGUUGGGGAGCUGUAUGAUGUCCCUCGCAUCACUCAUUAGUCCAAGAAGGACGAAUCAGCUGUAUAAUGUAUGUCCCUAGCGUCACUCACGAGUGCUAAAAGGACGAAUCAGCUAAAUGAUGCCCCAAGCAUCAUUGACGGACGCGUCAUUAACUUGCGAAGCAGGUUUAUACUGUACCUAUCUUCAUUUAUCAGUCCUAGGAGGACGAAGCAGCUGUAUGCUUCAGUUUUACAUGUAUAUUGAUUAUUUAGCUUAUGAAGUGUCUAUUACUAGAUUAACAAUAUCUAAAGGCACUUUUGCCUUGUGCUACUUUUGUACGAUCAUUUAACAUUAGAUGUGUGUAUCGAUUGUCAAACUGAAGUGAAGAUUGACACUGGUUCAGAAGAUUCACACAUAUAUCAGCUUUGUCUUAAUCAUUCAAUAUCCGAGAACACUAAAUUGAGAGUAUUUAAGGUAUCUUUUUAUUGUCAGUAUUAUUUUUCUUACUUCACGUUAAGCAUUUGUAUUGAUAUACGUUUCGCCAAUAGAAUCAGUGAUGAGUUAUAGAAGGACAAACUGGAAACGUUAUUCGGCUUAUAUUAAUGUGCUACUUCCCUGUGUUUGUACAGGCAAAUAAUAUGUGGUCUUGAGCAUUUGACUACAAGAUUUAAUGUUUAUUUGUUAUAUUUCAAUUUUACAAAAAGUCAAUAAUUUUAUUAAAGUUACUUGAUAAAC